UCUCUCUCUCUCUCUCUCUGUGUGUGUGUGUGUGUGUGUGUGUGUUUUGGAUUAUGAGCGGAAAAUUGGAUUCAGUUCGUUUCUUUAUAUCUGCCUCAUUUGCGAAAAAAACAUACCGCUUCUUGUUUGUUAGUAAUUAUGCUUUGUUGAUAACAUACUUGUCUCAUUUUGUGUUUGAGAAUAUGGUUCAUUGCAUGCUUUGUACGAUUUUAUGGUUGAUUUGUUGUUAAUAUGAAGGGAGACGCCAAGUUACAGAAGUUGGAUUUUUUAGUGUUAAUGUGGUUGUUUGAGUGAUGAGUUGAUCUUUCCUGUAAAAUGAGGUUGUCAUGUUGCAUGUGGGAAUCAUGUGAGGGAUGUUGUUUGGUUCUUUUUUUUUUUUUUUUUUUGAGGAAUCUGAAGUUAACUGUUUUGACAAUUUUUUGUUCUACAGAAGAUGGGUUUAUGAGAACUUAGGGCUUUUAUAGUCAGGCUUUUCUUUAGCCGUAUAGAGCUAGGGUGAUAAGUUGAAGGUUUCUGGUCUCUGUUUUCCUGCACAUUUUUUGCAUGCUUUCGGACUGGAAAUUUUAGGUUUUUGUUUUUGGGCAUAUGUGCAGAGAAAAAAACAAUUAUCAAAAAAGGUUUUUGUUGAAUCCACAGGGCUGAAAACUAGGGCUUCUCGUUCAGUCUCUACUUGGUCAGAAAAUGUAGCACUAGUCUGGGAAUCUCCUUCCAAGUGUUAAUUUGUGGAUCCCGUUGGCUAUCUUCAAGAAGAAGUUCAGGUUAUCACACUGCAGAGUUAUAGCUUUUCUGUCAAAGCGCGCAAACAAUUCAGUUUUGGGAUAUAAACAGUUCUGAGACAAUGGUUGCCCAAAAUCAGAGCAUGCCACUGGGAUCCAUGGAGGAGGAGACACUGGAAAAAUUGUUUGGGAGAGAAAUCUUGGGCUUGGCCAAAGAUGGAUUGGAGGGCUCUCAGGAGGAAAGAAGGAUAUAUACAGAGGUUUUCUUUGAAAAUAGGAUUAAAGGUAGGAAUAGUUGUGAUGUUUCUGGGACCAUGGAAUUUCAACCAGAUGAAGGCAGCAAGAUGAAAACAUUAGGCAAUUACAACCGUGAAAGCUCAGUACCGAUGUCUUCCGCAAAACGUUCAUCUGGAGAAACUUUAAAGCACUUCAAGAUGGGUCUUGGGGAAAUAGGUGGAUCAGGGUAUUUUGUGGACAUCUCUUCUUCCUGGGCCAGGUCUGAUGCUCAGAACAUGAAUGGGAAGCGACUGAAGCUAUCACCUGUUGAGGACUUGAGCUAUAAGGAUAAUGACACAAGACAGAAAUUGGAUGACACCUGUAAUGAAUUGAUGCACCUGGGUACAUCGAAUGUUAUCCCAAGCAUAUUUCUUUCGAAUUCUUCUGAUGUUUGUCAACAAAUACCAUGCCGUAUUGUUGAAUCUUUUGGUCAGGGGUUCAUAUCUAGCUAUUAUAUGAUUGAUAUCCAGUGUACUAUGAAUGGUUUUGAUAAUAAUGGUGAUCCAAAAUGUAAAAGCAAAAGCAAACAGACAGGAAGUGAUAAGGUUUUUGCAAAAGCUAAAUCUGAUAGUACUACUGGUUCUCACCAGAGCUGUCUUUUGAAGAUUUUCGAGUCAGGCAAACAUGUUCCUCUUGGAAAAAAGCCUCUGGCACUGUUAUGCAUUAACCAACAAACUGAAGAAUCCAAUAUUCCAAAUUCAGAGAUGGUUGAUGCUGCAAAGAAGUUGGCUUUCAUUAGGGAUCUUCCCAGCUAUCUUCGUUCGCAUGCACAUCAUCUUCUGAUGGAAGCUGGCUGGGAAAUUGAGGUACACAAGAGGAAAGAUGGGACAAAAAUAGAUUUCAUUUACAAAUUACCUGAAGAAGGACUAUGUUUAUAUUCACUCCCUAAAGCUUGGGUAUCAUGUGGUAAGAUCUUAUCUGCUGACACACAGGCCUCAGAAGAGGAUGAAAACGGAAGACAGUGGGUCAGUAUCGAUGAAUUUUGGUUUGACUUGACAGAUACUUUGGGACACAUUGAAAAGGGCAUUCAGCAACCAGGAAAGUCUCUAUCACUUCUAGACAGGUGGAAGAUACUUGAUCCAUUCAUGGCUGUCAUAUGCAUUGACAAAAAGAUCCGUGCCCUGCGGGAGGGAAAUGCAUUGAAAGCUGUGAAUAGUGCAACAGUUAUGCUUACAGGGAAGGCGAAUAUGACCUUGGCAGCAAAGGGUGUAGUCAGAGUUCAAGAUAACCUUGGGAAACCCGAUUCACAUUUAUUGUGCAGAUCAAAAAGGAGUCUUCUGCCAAAUCCCAUGCCUGAUAGCAAGUCCAAGGUGAAAGGAGGUUCACGCAUUCGACAAGUAUCUGUCCCACAAAGUUGUCACGAUUUGAGAAGUAAGCAUAAAUGUCGUCAAGCAAAGAAUAAAACUUAUUGUGGAGCAGCUGUACAAAACAGAAGCCUUAGAACCCUCACCAGGCGCAUAGGCAAGGGGUUUCAUGAUGCUAAGGGUUUUCAUGGCAUUAGUUCCAAUGCUACAAGUCUUCAUAAUAAAACAAAUCUAUUAUGCAGUAACCAUAAAUCAAGUCAGAGAAAAUCAUGCAUAUCUGUUCCCAUAAAUUUUGCAGAAAAUAUUCUUUCAUGCAAAAAAAUCAACUCCGUGGAAUCAAAAACACUGGCACCUCAUUCUCCUAGAUCUGCAGUAGAUGCUUGUUUGAAUAAAUCUGUUGAUUCUUCAGCUGAAGAAGGUGGCUUAUCUUUGAGUCCUGAUGGGAAGUUGCUUGUGGGGAAUCAACCUUGUGGAGAAACAACAAUUGACGCGCAGAUGCUAGUUGUUAAUUCUAGAGAGAAGAGUGCAUAUCAAGGAAGGGAUGGGUUCUGUAAGAAAGUGGAACUUGCUCAUGAGGAUGCAUGGAAUAGUUUUGUGAAAAUAGUUGAUCAGCAAGAGAAAUUGGAGUCCUCUGUUUUUCUUGGUGGCGGUGUCAGAAAAGGUUUUAGUUGUGAAGAAAGUGACAAGAAUGGAGCUGCUUUGGAUUGUCCAACCAUUUGUGAGAAAAUAUGCACAUCGGUUCAGGAAAAGAAGUUAAAUGAAGUGACACAAAACAAGAAUUCCUCUGAAGACUCUUGGAGCUUACUGACACAAGAAGACAAGAUGUCCUCUGGAGACUCUGGGAGCUUAUUCAUAGUAAACCGGGCUUCUCAACAUCUGAUGCCAGAGCAGCAAGUGUUAUAUCUUUAUCCCCAGGAGGGAACUCCUUGUUUUAGUAUGGAUGAUAGGUGUAGGCAACAGCUGUCUACUCAUGUAAGUAUGCCUGAGACCAUGGGAGGAAUGAAUAUGCAGCAGGAAAUGCAAUCUUCAGUCGAUCAAUCGAGCCUCACUAGAGGACUUUUUCGUUUUGGCUUAGAUGGAAGUACUGUACAAAAUGUGAACAUUCCAAUACAGUGGGUAGAGCUCAAUCCAGCCCCCAAAGAAAACCCCAACUUAGCUGAAAAAGUAGUUCCAACAAUCUUCUUAAAGGAUUCUGAGUAUCAAAAGGAGGAUAAUGCGAGAACCUCAGGAACUUCAGAGUCUGAAAUGAGGCAAACUUCUGCAUCUAUUUCAACUAAAAUGGCGCACAACAAGUCUAAGAAAAUUUCAGAAGUCGAAGCAGUCAAAGUAACCGACAUUAAUGUUGCAGCAAAGCCAACUAAUAGAAAUUGCAUGGAGGUGCUUGAUCUUGAUAUUGAUGGUAAGGUCCAGAAUCAUCUGUUUCCAGUUAACCAGGUGGAGGGUCCUGUAUUGAGAUUGGAAUCAACUUCUGACUGCUUAAAGAACUCAGUCUGCCUCAAAAAGCAGUGCUGCAAUACUUCAACAAUUGGGGUAGGGCAUACAUCUGCAGUACUGGAAGAUGGUUCAGCAAUAAAGAUACGUAAAGAGCCCCCAAAAUCAGAAAUCAAGGUAGGCAUGCAAAGUAACAAAGACAAAAAGGUUGAUGCAAUGAUGUCUUUGGAGGAUGAAUCUGGAGGCACUUUGUCAAAAGUAACGGAUAAUAAGAUAGCUGGUGUUCAAAAAUCAACAACAUGCAAGGAUAAUGCAGUAGAGGCAAGCUCCAAGAUAUCCACCUCUAUCAUGUUAUCCCAUCCUACAUACGAUGAAAGUAUAGAAUUGAUUAAUGUGUUAGAUGAUAACAAGCUUCCUUCAGAACAUUUUGGUGAGAAGAAGUCUGAUGAAGAUUUACUUCUUGCCAAUGGUGAGUCUCCAGAUGUUGGGGACAACCAAGGUGUUAUCAAGGCAAAGAAAUCUGAAUUCCGUAGGGAAAAUAGGCAUAAGAGAUGGAGGGUUUGCCAGUUUGAUGAUGACGAUCUUCUGAUGGCUGUUAUCAUAUAUAAAUAUUACUGGUCUAACGGUAGGAAGUCUGCUUCCAAGACAAGGUUGUUGAAAUUAAAUGCUUUGAGAAAGCUCAAAAGUCGAGGGGGUGGUAAAAAAUUACUCAUGCAAACUCCUGGAAAAGGUGGAAAACACUCUGCUGAUGGGAAACAAUUAUUCUUAGGAGCAAGAACAGUGUUUUGCAGGUUGAUUGAUAUGGGUGUCAUAUCUAUAAACAAUGUCAUCCACUAUUGGAAUCCAAAGAACAAUACAGUGGUAAAGGAUGGGCGAGUUACUAGGGAUGGAAUUCUCUGUAAAUGCUGCAGCAAGAUUCUCUCUGUAUCUGACUUUAAGGUUCACGCAGGUUUCAAGUUACAGAGACCCUCCUUGAAUCUUUUCACGGGCCCUGGUAAGCCAUACACCCUUUGUCAGCUUCAAGCCUGGUCUAUCGAGUACAAGUCUAGGAAAGAUAAUAUGCAGACAAUGGAAGCUAUGGAGGUGGAUGAAAGUGAUGAUAGUUGUGUGCUUUGUGGUGAUGGUGGUGAACUAAUAUGCUGUGAUAAUUGCCCCUCUACCUAUCAUCAAGCAUGCUUGCCCUCACAGGAGCUUCCAGAAGGCAGCUGGUAUUGCCCUAAAUGCAGUUGUGAGAUAUGCGGGGAUGUGGUUAAUGCUAUGGAGAAUUCGAGCACCGUGGCUGCUUUAGAAUGCUCACUAUGUGAACGUAAAUAUCAUACCAAAUGUAUAAAGGAAAUGAUUGCAUGUAAAGGGGAAGUGGAAUCUGAUACUUGGUUUUGUGGACAAAGUUGCCAAGAGGUUCACUUGGGCUUACGUUCUCGUGUUGGAGUGACAAACUGUAUUGAUGAUGGAUUCUCUUGGAUGGUUCUUAGAUGUAGUCAUGGUUACCAUAAAGUUCAGUCUGCACAAAAAAUUGCACUGAUGGCAGAAUGCAACAUAAAAUUAGCGAUUGCCUUGACUAUUAUGGAAGAGUGCUUUCUACCCAUGGUAGAUCCAAGAACAGGCAUAGACAUAAUCCCUCAUGUCUUAUACAACUGGGGGUCUAACCGUGCGCGUUUGAAUCAUAAAGGGUUUUAUACUGUUGUCUUGGAGAAGAAUGAUGAGCUUGUUUCAGUAGCAUGUAUCAGGGUGCAUGGAGUCUUGGUGGCAGAGAUGCCUCUCGUUGCAACUUGUACUGAGCACCGUCGACAAGGAAUGUGCAGGCGUCUUAUUGGUGUAAUUGAAGAGAUGCUGAAAUCUCUGAAGGUUGAAAUGCUGGUUUUAUCAGCAAUUCCGGAUUUAGUUGAUACGUGGACAUCAGUUUUUGGUUUUGAACCCAUUGAAGAUGAUGAGAAGCAGCCGCUACAUAAUAUCAGCUUUCUGACAUUUCCUGGAACUGUGCUGUUAAAAAAGAGUUUACGUCAAGCUACAGCUAAAAAAUCAGGAGAGAUUAGAGAAUUCUAUUCAAAUAAAGAUCAAUCUCAAAAUUUAGGGGCUUUCCAUGAAAAAACUUUUUCAGAAAGCUGCACAAGUCUUCCAGAUAUGAUGUAACUGAUACAGAAAGAGAAUCGCUGCUACUGGUUUGCCUUGAUCUGCCAGUAUGAAAACAAGUAAAUGGUCCGCAGAAAAACGUACUGGUAUCAUCUGUUAAUAGACCUUUUUCAACAGCUAGAGAUUAUGAAUGCGAUGAUGCAAACAAAUAUAAAUUCCUGCGUUCCAAGGAUAAAAAACUUCAAAUAUACAUGAGAUGGAUCAGUAUCUUUGACAGAACAAGGUGUUCAUGCUCAGAUGCCAGUUGCCAAUAUGUUUGUCCCCCACAUAUUCCAAUUUUAUCACUUUCUGUUUUCCAGUUAUGGAUAAUGAACAUCCCACCACCCCAAGCUUUGACACAACUUUAAGUGAUCAUGAGACAGAAAUGCGUCACAGAAUGUCAAUAUUCAUAUUAAGGACAGUAUUGCAGAUGUCUCCGCCAAAGGAUGCACAGUGAAUCACUGUGAAGGUGGCAGCGGUGAACCUAAAAGCAUUAUUGAAGUGAUAGAAGGUAUAUAUGUAACAGUGUGGAACUGGCCUAAAAUUUCCUUUGUUUGGAAACUCCUGACUUGAAUAAGUUGAUGCUGGGUGAGCUUGAUGAUACUGGAAGUUCUGUAGAUGGCUCCUCCAGUAUAUGCAAACAUAAAAUGUGGUUCUUCUGGUGGAAGCCUUCCAGUUGCCAAUGGAUGCAUCGCAGGGAGCAUCAAUGCUGAUGUAAUGCUGCCGACUUUAUGCAUCAUCAAGAGCAUGCAAGUACGAUACCAAUCAAGCGGGGAAAGUUUCAUUAUCAGAAUGUGCUUCCAGAUGUCAAGUGAUUUGUGAUAUAUCUGCAGAAAAGGAUUUAAGCUUGGAGAAAGAAAUUUUCUAAACUUGUAUGGAAACUAUGGAGCGAAACUGGUAAGAUUAAUGAAAAUAGUGGACAAUCCUCAAAAGAACGAUUGUGGUGGGCUUAGCAGAAAUGGACCUAGCUUUUUGUUAAGGUAGACCUUCAGUUUCAGAAGAUGAAAGACCUCUCAAUUCUUUGCUGGAAAAAUACCAGAAAACUGGUGAGAUGGUUUGCUAUAUUGAGCUUCUUCAGCUGAGAUUGUGAGCUUCCGCAGAAAUGGUUAUUCAAAAUGUAAAUCUCCCGCACAUCUGGGGGAGCCUGCGAGGAAAUCUCUCAAAAUGUAAAAAAGUUUUUUUUUUCUUUAGCCAGAGAGAGAUGGAAGAAAAGAAUAACAUGACAUAAACAGCUGCUUUAUACUGAACUAAGAAAUCGUUGUUUGAAUCUGCA